AGGCGCUGAUGGAGCUGCUGCAGGAGUGGGCGGAGAGGAAAGCUGCAGAGGCAGGGGAGAGGGAAGAGCACGAUGGGAACAGUCGCGUGGGCAUGCCAACAGGAAAGAAACUGCACUUCAUCAUCCGUCGCUUCCUGCAAGAGUUUGGUCAGAUCGAAGUCGAGAACGCAGAAGCACAAGUGCUUGAAGGCUCUCAAAAACCGCACCAGUCAGCUGCAACACUAGCACCAGUACCAGCUGCUGCUGCUGCUGCUGCUGCUGCUGCUGCUGCUGCUGCUCCUGCAGCAGGCGGCCAUACUGCUGCUACGGAUCAUGGUCACGUGCACAGGAGGAGGAGGCGGAUAUCAUUUGGAGGAGAUGGAGGAGGAGGGGAGGGCGACGAGGAGGGCGGGCUGUUUGCGUGGCUGUGGGAGCAGUACCGGCGGCGCCUGGUGCUCAACAAGGCCAUCGACUUCUCGCAGUUCGCCCCAAAGGCUGUGAAGCUGCUGCAUGCGCACCCAGAGAUACUGGCGUCCAGCUACAUGCGCAGCAGGGCGGGCACGGGAAGCAGCCGGGUGCCCGCGCCCACUACUUCCAAGAGCCACUUGCGGGUGUCGCACGUGCUUGUGGACGAGUUUCAGGACACUGACAGCUGUCAGAUGGAGCUGCUUCUGCUGCUCUGCCGCCCGCUGCCAGCCGCGCCGACCCUGACCCUCGUGGCGGACGACGACCAGCAGAUCUACUCCUUCCGCGGCGCCAUGGGCCUGCCGAACCUGCGCCGCUUCCUCCGAACCUACCCGCAGGCUCGGACCGUCUGCCUCGACCAGAACUUCCGAAGCUGUGGCUCAGUGGUGGAGGCUUCCCGCCACGUCAUCGCGCACAACCAAUGGCGGCAUGUCAAGUGGAUGGUGACAGCAGCCCCGGUGGGCCCGCUUGUCUCGUUGUGCGAGUGCCGGACAGAACGGUGCGAGGCGGCAGCUGUGGUUGGUAAGAUCUGUCAUCUAGUGGGAACAUGCGGGGUGCCGGCGAAUCAAAUCGCAAUACUGUACCGCGUGCAGGCUGUGGGAAAGGUCAUUCGGCAGUUUCUGAAGAGCCAUGGGAUAAAGGUAUCUUCUGCAGCAACAGGGGGAGGGGCGGAGGGGGGUAGCGGAGCCAUGGCUGGUGCCAGGGGAGGGAGGGGGACUGGGACAGUGGGAGCGGUGUUCCAUGAUAUCUUAGCCCUCUUGCGAUUGGCUGGGAAUGAAUCGGAUGACGUGGCAUGCCGGCAGGUCCUGCGCAUCGUGUGCCCGCCGCCCACCCGCCAGGUGGCAAUCUGUCUGCGCACGCUACAGUGCGCGCCGCAUCGCAUCUCCCUCCUCCCUGCCGCCCGCAUGACUCGGCUGCACCUCCUCGGCAUCUCCCGCUGCCCUGCCCUCUCGUCCAUCGCUGCAGCGGGCCAUAUCGGUGCUCAUAACGAUCCAGAUAUCAGUGCUGCUCGUACUGGUGGUGCCCCUAAUGGUAGUUAUGGUAGGGCUCCUAAUGGUGGGGCUCCUCCUCCUCCUCCUUCCGACCCUGCGUGGCCGCCUGUGCUCGGCCCAGACGACCUCAAGGUGCUGGACGGCAUAGGAAAGAUGGCAGCAGCCGUCUCCGAGUUGCAGGGGCUGCUGGGCAUUCCGCCCCCUGGCUGGACGACCACCUCCUCCUCUCCUGCCCCUGCAUCCUUUGCGGGUGCAUCCUUUGCCCCUGCAAGCAGGCGUAGAGGCAGUACUGCUGGUAUCAUGGGUCUGGGUGGUUCCCCCGCCCGCUUCCCUGCCUUGCUGGUCGGCGAAGGGGGUAACGGGGAGGAGGAGCAGGGGGAUGUGGCUUCGUGUGAGGCUCUGGGGAGGAAUGGAGGUGCGUUGGAUGCAGCGAUGUUUGCAGGGGUGAAGGCGCUACUGCUAGAGGCUGCUGCUUUCGACAGGGAGAGGAGGCAAGCGAGGCAAGCUCAACAAGCGAGUGUUGCGGCAGCACCAAGGAUAGUAGCGCCGGAAGCACCAGGAGCAGUAGGAAUGGCGUCUGGGCGUGUUCCUGCCAGCAGCAGCAGCUGCAGUAGCAACAGCGGGAACAGGGCAAAUCAAGGCAGCGGGCUCCCACCUCCAGCUUGCACCACCGCUGUUAGAGAGGGCAGGCAAGAGGGGGGUAGUCCUAGCCAGUAUCUCAGUCCGGGAGGAAACAGCGAGAGCAGGCAAAAAAGCAAAAGGCCUAGCUAUGCCGACCUGCUGCGGCAGCGUGAAGGAGUAGUGGGCGUGGUGGGCGGGGUGGGAAUUGCACACGGAGUGGGAUUUGCGCGAUGGUCAAAUGCAUCAGAGACUAGCCCUGCGAGGCCGUCGGAAAGGCGGAUGGGGAGGGAAGGGGAGGGGCCGCACUGGCGCCAGACAGCCGCUGCUGGUGCUGGCAAUGGUGAUCGUGGUGAUGGCAACGGUGAUGGCAAUGAUGCUGACUAUGGUGCUGAUUCUGACGUUGAUGAAAGGGAGGAAGAGAGAGAGGAGCGGGAGGUGAUAGUGCAGUUUGUAGACAGGGUGAUGGAGCGAAUGCAUGAGAGGGAGCUCGGGGUGGGUGUAGAGGAGGGAGUGGGAGGUGGGGACGGUGCUGGUGUGAGAGAGGGUGCGGGGGGCCGUGGGGGAAGGCGGGCAGGGAGGGGGAGCGAAGGGAAAGGGCAGGGCAGUGGGGGCAGUGGGGCCGGUGACAGUGAGCAGGACAGUGGGGGGGUGGUGCUGAGCACGAUACACCAGGCCAAGGGGUUGGAGUGGCAGGCUGUGAUUGUAGUGAGGGCGAACGAGGGCGUGCUCCCGCUGGUAGACUUCAGUAGAGCCACACAGCCCCCUGCCACCACGACCACGAACUACCCACCCACGCCCCAAUCCACUCAGACGCCUCAGCUCCCACUGCUGAAUGUUGCAAACGGAGCAUCCCCAGGACCAGCAGCAGCAGCACAGGGCGGGUUAUUCCAGUCCGGUGCAUCUGUGGCAGGAAGGGCAGUGGCAGGAAGAGAGGGUUCUGGGCGUGAGCUUGGGCCGCGGUCCCUGGCUCCGCUGCCUGCCAUGCCCCCGGACUAUGACGGCCACCUGGAGGAAGAGAGGCGCCUCAUGUAUGUGGCUCUCACCAGAGCACGCCAGCAUCUCAUGCUGACACAUGUAAUGUCUGCUGCUGGCCAGCCAAUGCUGCCGUCACGAUUCAUUGCAGACCUCCCGCUAGCUGUUGUGCAUCGUACAACUCAAUAUGAUGAGCGCCCACCAACCAAUCGAAGCCAACAACCAUGUUCGCAGCAGUCACAUUGACUCUGGGAGGGGUAGCCAGGCGAGUGCACUAUCAGUUGCAAUGGAGGAAUACGUAGCUGAGACGUCUCUGCUCGUUUCAAGUAUUUUUGCGGCACGGAUUCUCCUAGACGAGACUCAGCUGGUUCUGUAAUGUGUCAUCCCUUAUCGUCCCUUCUGAAAUAUCAGUAGUACAGUUCAGAACCAGGAGGCCACAAAUCCACCAUUCCUGAAACACAAGGAUGCCGCUUGUCGACUGUCGAUAUUGUAGUGGCACUUUCGAUUCUGAGGAUGAUGCUCGCAACCAUGAAAGUGAGGAGCACUUCCCGUCCUAUCCUUGCUGCUUUUGUGACCGACAAUUCGAAACCACUCAAGGCCUUCAAGCUCACCAGAAUGCGAAGCAUCCGCGACAAGCUUGCUGCCGCAUCUGCACCAAAGUAUUUGCAUCUACUCAAGCCGUGAUAGAUCACGAACGGAUGGUUCACUGGCGCAGGGUGCCAUGCCGGAUUUGCAACAUGAUUUUUUUUUCUGUGGAGGCUGCCGAGCAGCACGAAAAUGAUUUUCACCCGAUCAAUGUCAGGUGCAGGUUCUGCAACUGGAUAUUCCCGUCGUCGAAAGCCGCUGGACAGCACGAGCUGGAGAAUCACGCUCCUGUCUUGACGUGUGAGAUCUGUGGACAAGCCUUCCGGAAUUCGGAUCAACUUCACAAUCAUGAGGACGCAUCACAUCCUUUUGUCUUCAAGUGCGACGAGUGUCAUCGGACAUUCAGGACUGAGAAUUCGUGCUGGCAGCACAUGGAGGACAAGCAUGACUGGCGCUGAGCGUUGCUUUCCAGGUUACAGAGCUUUCCCCUUGUUUUGUACAUCUUCGACUACCACAUUUCCUGUUCUAGGCUGAAGGGACGU